AUGGAUGGCACCUACUCAUUCUCUGAUUUCCCUGGCUUCUCCAUGAUGCACGAGGGCCAGCUCUACGACCCAGAUGAGGCCAGUACAAUGGUUUCUUGCCAGGAACCGGUGAUGAAAGACGAUUACAUCUCCCCGUUUGUUGCCUGGAGUUAUCCGUACUUUAAACCGUCAUCCCCUUUGGACGACAGCCUACGGAGUGACUCCCCCUCGAUAGAGAGUCAGAGCAGCCAUUAUAUCUCUCCUUCGCCAGCCAACUACGAAGAUGCCAUCAUGCCUUCGACCUCCCACGUUGUGAGCUCGCCUUCUCCUUCGUACCCCGAACCGCCCGUCGUGGCGCAUCUGGAACCGGAAGCUUGCGUGGUUUUCAGCGAGCCAGCCCACUCCAUAUUCCCAAUCAGCCUGCAGACAGUCGCGGAAUCGGACGCGAGCACCCCGUUAUUCCACACCAUAUACCCCAGGGAUGAAACCCUCGACCUCGCUCGCCCAGCAACACCCGAGCAACCCUCCUCCUCAUCCACCAAGAAAGAGAACCCCAGCCGCUCUACCAGCCGCAACAAGCCGCCCAUCCGACCCAAGUCCCACCCGCCAUCCCGAACCAGCCGCAAAAGUAAGCCCAGAGAGCAGCGCAGCCGAGUGUUCGACUGCUGUUUCGCGCGCUACGGCUGCCCCAGCACCUUCCCCUCCAAAAACGAGUGGAAGCGCCACGUGAGCUCCCAGCAUAUCCAACCAGGCUUCUUCCGAUGCGACCGGGGCCGCUGCAGCCGCCUGAACAACGUCAAGAAAUGCAGCAGGAACCCGCACCCCAGGGAGACGCUCCUCGUCAACGACUUCAACCGCAAGGACCUCUUCAUCCAGCACCAGCGCCGCAUGCAUGCUCCCUGGGCUGCAUCCAAGCACCGCAAGACCCAGGUGACCGAGGAGCAGCGCAAGCAGUUCGAGUCGGGCCUGGAUGCUGUGUGGAAGCGGUGCUGGCAUCCGCAGCGGGUUCCGCCGGAGCGCAGCCAAUGCGGGUUCUGCCUGCGGGAAUUCACGGGGCAAAACUCGUGGAAAGAACGCAUGGAGCAUGUCGCGAAACAUUUCGAGGAGGCUGACCCGGGGCCUGAAGUUGAGGAUGUCCAUUUGCGUGAAUGGGCUGUCGCGCAGGGGAUCGUUGGGUUUGCGGACGGGCAGUGGACGUUGACUUCUCUUCUGGGGAAGUAA